ACAGUUUUCCUAAAAACCAUUCGUCUUUUAUUUGUUCCUUAGACCCGGUCUUCGGAAAACCCCAUUUUCAAGAGAAAUCGUCUGGAAGAAACACCUUCUUCAGCUUAGCUAACGGCAUUCAAACCUCUGUUCUUGACUAUUUUCUUCUAUUCUUGAGUACAGCCUCCUUUACAUUUCUGGAACCCUUCUACAUUUCAAUCUUCUGUAAAUUAGGGAGUGAUUUAUUUCUAUACUUCACUUUUGGACGCCAUCUGAAUUGCUGAUAUUCUGACGUGCCUUAUCUAAGAUUCGGUUUGAGAAUGAGGAAUUUCGUAUUGGGGUUUGUUUUAUUUCUUUAUUUUGCGCUUCUACUGAGUGUUGGAGCUCUUAAGUUUCACCAGAGUCACCACACUGAGAGAAUUGAAGGCAGUGCCGGUGAUGUGCUGGAAGAUGAUCCUACUGGGAGGCUAAAAGUUUUCGUGUACGAGCUUCCAAGCAAAUAUAACAAGAAAAUUCUGCAGAAGGAUCAACGAUGUCUUAACCACAUGUUUGCUGCAGAGAUUUAUAUGCACCGUUUCCUCUUAUCCAGCCCUGUGCGCACUCUCAACCCCGAGGAGGCUGAUUGGUUUUACACACCCGUGUACACCACUUGUGACCUCACACCAAAUGGUCUUCCUUUACCCUUUAAGUCACCCCGCAUGAUGAGGAGUGCUAUACAGCUUAUUGCUUCCAACUGGCCCUACUGGAAUAGGACAGAAGGGGCUGAUCACUUCUUCAUAGUCCCCCAUGAUUUUGGGGCUUGUUUUCACUAUCAAGAGGAAAAAGCGAUCGAAAGAGGUAUUCUUCCGCUACUCCAGCGAGCAACCUUGGUUCAAACUUUUGGACAACGAAAUCAUGUUUGCUUGAAGGAUGGGUCCAUUACUAUUCCUCCAUAUGCUCCCCCACAGAAAAUGCAAUCCCACUUUAUCCCUCCAGAGACUCCACGAUCCAUCUUUGUUUACUUCCGGGGUUUGUUUUAUGACGUUGGCAAUGAUCCUGAAGGUGGUUAUUACGCAAGAGGGGCUCGAGCUGCGGUGUGGGAGAACUUCAAGGACAAUCCUCUAUUUGACAUCUCUACAGAGCAUCCAACUACAUACUACGAAGACAUGCAGCGAGCUAUCUUUUGCUUGUGUCCGCUCGGAUGGGCACCAUGGAGUCCAAGAUUGGUUGAGGCAGUGAUAUUCGGUUGCAUCCCUGUU